AUGGCGGUAGUCGUCAUCUUGAGGGGCUGCGAAUCGUUCUAUUACAAUCUCCCUUGUUUUCCCGUACUGGAUGCAAGACUAACGCGUAUUCGUAUGGCUUCAAUGAAUGAAAGUGGCAAGCAAGGUGUUGCUUUUGAUGAAUUCUGCCGCCCGGCGCUGCUUCAUGGCGUUACACUACCCCAACGUGUAACUCCAAUUGUCUCAUUUGACAUUCAGGCAAGUCUGAUCUACUAUGUGGAGACAGACAUCUUUCAGAAUCCGCGCCCACUGUUUCCUGCAGUAGAUUGUCCAGCUAUAUGGGAGUGGGCAGUGUGUGAUCAACAUGCCCAUGUAGACGUAACGCGCUCAUGCCUCGAAGGAGCGUCAUCGUAUCUUCAACAAGAAGUAAGCUACCACCUUGAGGGUGAAAAGGAAGACAGUGGUGAAGACUUGCCCAACGUUGGAGCCAUCGAGGCAGCAGAAGAAUCUGACAGUGGAUCAGAAGAAGUCUAUGAGGACAACGCCAGAUUCAAAUGUUUGGGAUGCACAAAAGAAAGGACUUACCAGGAAUGCCUAAAAGCGGCUAGAGAGAAAAUGGAGCAGGACACGUUUGUGCCUAUUCGUCUACUUAAAGAGAACAGCAAUCCUGUAGAUCAACAAGCAGUCGCUUUGCAAUGUCAACUGCAACAAGGCGGAGGUUGGACUACAUUUGGAUAUGUUGCAAGAGAGCUGACAGGAUAUGUUAGAAAAGCAAUGGACAGUAACCAAGUGCGUAGUGUUUCUUUUAAAUGGGUGAAGUGGAGAAGCUGGGCAAGGUCUGGGAUGGGCUAUUAUGCAGCUAUAGAUGUAGUUAUACGAGGGUACUGGGCACAUGCUGUUCACGCAAAAUCCAGCUUCUGAUAGUAGUUAGUGUGCAGUGUACCUUAGCAAUAUAAUAUUGAAUAUAUGGUCUAGACACCUAUGUGCUGA